AUGGUUCGUGCAAUGAGACGUACAGCAAUAUUCCUUUUGGUGAUCGCUAUUGUCCUUGCUCUAAUAAGUAUAUCGACUGAUCAUUGGUAUACGACACAUGAACAACGAGCUGGAUUAUGGAAAACGUGCAAUAUUGAUAACUUGAUAACGGGUUGUACACGAAAUCCAAAUCGAACACCUGCUGUGUCGGCAUUAGCUGGCGUCAUUCUCCUUUUGAUCGGUUUUAUUAUAUCUUUAUUACCGCAUCGUUCGGAAUAUCCGCCACGUUACCUCUCGUACGUGGUUAUUGUUGCUCUUCUGAUCGGGACAGUUUUGUUAGUCAUUAGUUAUAUUUCGUACGCGAAUAAUACUCAUUUUCGUCUAUUAGGCUAUUCAUAUUUUCUAAUGGUUAUCGUAACAAUUCUCACUCUUAUAGCCAUUGCAUUUUUACAAUAUUCAUCUAAACAAGUUCAAGUUACAUCCGAUAUUGGUGCUCUUUAG